GCCUGAGGUUUAGAGCAUUGCCAAAGAAAAGCAAGAAUUUUAACACAGGCAAAUGAAGCAGGCCUCUGCCAAAAAAGACCAGCACAGUAAGAGCCACUGUUUUAUUUGACCCCACAUAAUCAAAAAUGAAAACAAGCGCGCUGUGCCGUUUUGCAUAAAUAUUUCCUGCAGCAUUAAAAGCUAUCAGACUCUAUAAUGUUCAUUAUGAAACUGUUUUGUUUACUUGUGAGAAAUUAUCACUCACUCACUGAGGUGAUGGUAGCGGUUUCAGUGCCUGAUGCAUGUCACAGAGUGUUUUUUCUUGUUUUUUUGUUCCGUUUACGUUAAAACGAAACUUAGGAAUCUGAACAUGCGCAGUGGAGGCAUCCCAACAGGAAGCACCAGACGAUACAGUGGAGAAACUGAAAUAAACGCCAGUUCCGCGUUUUAACGAGAUUUUUCAUCAUUGACAAACGUUACUGCUGAUUUUUCUUGUUUUCAGUCCACACAAAAAACGACAAAGCCGAUUUUUCUCAAUACCUAUUCAAGAUGGAAGGUGAUAAGUGAACACCAAAGUAGAAAAGAGAAAGGAAAUCAUGGCUGACGAACUUGACCAGUCACCCAAGAACUGGACUGAAUCUCAAGUAAGCUCCUGGCUAAGAUCUAUUGGAGUGAAGGAGCUUUAUAUAGAGAAACUCUAUGAGUUUGAAGUCGAUGGACAAGUCCUUCUUGCACUGAAUGAAGACUUUUUGAAGACAAAUAUAUGCAUGAAACCAGGGCCUAUUCAUUUGAUUAUUCAAAAGAGAGAUGAGCUCAUCAAGUCCAAGCAAAAGUCUCAAGAGAAGAAAAAGCCUAACAAUGGCAAAAAAACUGAGUCGGAGCAGAAAAACACUGAACAGAAAUCAGUUAAAUCUCUUCCCACAACAAGUGAAGGUCUUCCUGUACAGAUUUCUGAGAGAAAUCAAGAUACUUUACAGGAGAGUCAAAGGGCUCUGGAACAUGGUGUGUUGACUUCAAAGGAAGACUGCAGACCACGACCAUUUGAUCAAGAAGGGAUUGAUUUCAUCUAUGUAAAACACAGAGUAAUGCAACCAGAAUCAGGUGUUUUUAACCUGACAUCGCCAUGCCAUGAAUUUAAGUCUUUUUCUGUAGCUGCUACACUGGAUCACACAAGGCUUCAAGCUAAGUUUGCCAAGGAGGUUCUUAAAUUUGCAAUUGGCUGUAUGAAUAUCAGAACAAAUGGCACAAUACACUUUGGUGUGAUGGACAGCAAGGAGGAUGCAGGAUAUGUGCAUGGCGAGAUAAUUGGUAUCCCCAUCAAAGAGAAAGACAUUUAUGUAGAUGCUUUGGACUAUAUUGAAAGAAGUAUCUCCACUGACAAGGAGCACGUUCGCCAAUGUGUGCGGCCCCCAAGGUUCAUUGAGGUUAUGGAUCGAAAAAGUACAGAAAAGAGGUAUGUUGUAGAGGUUGACAUUGUGCCUUUAAUAAGUAUUGUAAAGAGCAAGGUGUACACAGUACGUCUGCCAAACUUCAAUGAGUCAAAGAACAAAGUAGAAUUUGGGCAAGAAACCAUUCUGCGGAGGGUGGGUGCAAAAACUGAGCCUGUGUGCAACCUAAGUGAUUUUUACCAGCGAGUCAAAGAUCGGGAUGCUCAAAGAGAAGAAGCAGAGAAAAGUCUUUGCGUCAGUGCUCCGGACUUGUGCCAAAACCUUGCUAGGAAACUUACAAUGCUUAUGACUAGCGGGAAGAAAUUAAUUGAAAAGGAAAAAUGGUUCAUACUCGUCACAAACAAAUUGAAACCUGAUGACCUUUGCAACACUGACUGGCUGCUUAACAUGAACAUGUUCUGUGUGUUUGACUUUGACCCAGACUCAAGGAUAUCAGGUCUUUGCAGUAGAUUUCUUCAGCAUCACACUGCAAAUAUGCAUUCACUGCAGAGCUAUAGGAUAUCUGGUGAUGUGACCAUCAAAGAAUUCAUCACUCAAUUGCAUCUCUUUGACCAAACUAGCUGGAUAUUUUGUAAUGGCCGGACUGACUUCAAAGGAAAUGAAGGAAGUUCAUGUGAUGAAAUGACAUGGAUCAAAACAAAAAUGACUCUGCUGCGGGAAUGUGUGUCUUUGAUCUGUAAACAAAUCUUGCCAAAAGGGAUUUUCCAAGUCAUUUUUCUUCUUACAUCGCCAGUUGAGAAACCACUCCUGCACACCUUUAAUGAGUUUUUCACAGACAUGGAAGGCCAUGAAGACAUCAUCUGCAUCUGUGAAUCCCAGGAAGCCUACCAGAAGUGGCAAAGCUUUGCAGAGGGUUCAUGUGGAACAGAAACUGUAAACAAUUCCAGUGUUGUUGGGAUGAAGAUGAGUCACAUCAAUGCAACUCUGCAGCAAAUACAACCCACAAAGACAUGUGCUAGCAAACACUUGCCUGUCUUUGUGAAAGGGACAUGUUUUCUUAAAACACAAGUAGAGGAACAGAUGUAUUCUCUGGAAAUUCUGACAGUUGAUCAUUGUGAUGAAACAAGUGAAGACUUCAUCAAUGAUGAGAAAACAAACAUUGAACACCAGUUCUACCGUGGUGGGAGAGUGAACUGGUUGAAUUUCUGGCUUGCUGAGCGUAAGUAUGUUGGAGAGGUAAUUGAAAGAGAUGCGUAUCAGGAGGUUUCCAAACUUCUCCAGGAGGCACUGAAAUGGAAUGCAGAUGAAACUCCAGUGAAUAUUAUAAACAUCUACCAUCAUCCAGGAAGUGGUGGAAGCACUGUGGCAAGGCAAGUGCUGUGGAACAAUAGGAAAGAUUUAAGGUGUGCAGUUGUGAAGCCAUCGUACUCAGCUGCUGUUGUUGCGCAACAUGCAGUUGAACUAAGAGAAUAUGAAGAGAAAGAUCUUCAGAGGUGUCUCCCUGUGCUGCUCCUCAUUGAAGACUCAGACAAAGAAUAUCUAGAUGAUCUCAGGAAUGAACUGGAGGUUGCUGUUAACACCAAAAGAAUCCAGAAUGGAACUCUGUGUUUCAUUUUGUUGAGUUGCAGACGAUCCUAUGAUCCAGAAGGGAAAUGCAAGGAGUCUCCAUUACAGAAUGUGUCUGUCACUCACAAACUUUCUGCUCAAGAGAAGAGAAAGUUUGCUGGAAAAAGAGAGGCACUUGAGAAACGAUAUGAACCUGAAUUCAUCCUGACAUUUGUUUUGAUGAGUGAAGGCUUCACUGUGAAAUACGUUAAGAAAUUUGUAACACACUUGCUCCAAGGCAUUGACCACCAGUCUGUUGUCACUCGCCUCAUUCUUUAUGUAGCACUGCUGAACACUUAUGUUCAAAACUCUUUCAUCUCUCGGUCCCAUUGUGAAGCUCUGCUUGCUUUAACUAUUUACAUGGAAAGGUUUCACCAGCAUGAGUUUGAGAAAUCACUCAGUCCUCAAGCUAAAUUAGUCUUCUUGCAUCUUAGAGAUGACAAAACACACAUUGAUUCAAUCAGAAUUAUCCACCCACUUGUUGCAAAAGAAAUCCUAAAACAACUUUUGGGAAACCAACAAACCCAAAGCAGUUUGGCAAUGGAUUUGCUCUGUGAGAAUGUGCUCUUCAAGCACAGAUUUGGAAGGGAUGAAUAUCUUUCAUUUUUGAGAGCACUUUUCAUAAGACGAUCCAAAAUAAGCAAAGGGGAUAAACAUGAUAGUUUUUUCUCUCCUUUGAUCGAGCAUGUGAGGAAAAUCGAGCAAAACCCAGAAAAAGCAAUUGAGUUGCUCACAGAAGCAUUCCAGCGUUUCCAUAGAGAUCCGUUCUUUGCACAACAACUUGCUCGUCUUCAUUAUACUUGUGAAAAGUUUGAGGAGGCAAAAGACUGGGCAGAGACAGCAGCUAAACAGCUGCCCAACAACUCAUACAUACUUGACACAAAAGGUCAGGUGUAUAGAAAAUGGUUCCAAGCAAAAUGCAAGACUAUUGACAAUGACAACGUCCCCAAGACAGCUCAAAAUACAGCAGAUGCUGUGGAGACUGCGCUGAAAGCACUGGAGUGUUUUCAAGAAUGUGAGAAAGCAGCUGAUGCAGAUAUGGAAAAUGUCAACAAUUCAGGGUUUUUUUCUGAAGUUGAGGUUGGAUGCAGCAUGCUGAAACUGAUCUCCUCACUGGAUGUGUUUGCAAGCAGAACCCAUGGACAUUCAGAGUGUAUGAAGUAUCUGUUAACAGAUUAUAUUCCAGAGGAAAUUAAAGAUGCCUGGGAACCAUUUCAUGACCGUUUAAAAAAGCUGAAUAAGACAAUGCAAGAUGCCUUGGAAAGGAUUUCAGAAGACCUUGGUUACUUCCAGACAGACAUUGGCGCAGAUGAAGAAGAGACUCCUGGAAGUUCUGAAGAGAAGAUAAGCAAUCCACUGAAAUGGCUGGCAAAAAAAUCAUCAGAGUAUGGGAAGUACUUCAGUGAAGCUUUAGCUACUGCACCUCCUGAACACGGGCAAAAAAUCGCAGCCAAUCUAACUCUCCAAAAACGCAUGAUCAUUUAUCAUCUUGGUGGAGGCAACAUAACAUCCAUCCUCUCCAAGCUAACUGGCCAGAGGAAUGCAGUACAACGUCUACAGCACAUCCUUUCUCUGUACCCCAGCAAUCCAUUAAAGGCCAAAUUUACUCAAAGGGAUAUUGUCAAUUACACAGUGGCCCACAUUUCUCUGAACUGCUUGUCACCACACACUCAAAAAGCAGCUUCUCUGAAAGAACUACAGACACUUUGUAGUCAGUUUCCAUCUGAUAAAAGAAAAUGUUUACCAAGUGCCUUGUUCUUGCUUACCUUGCUAUUUUGGCCAGAAGAUCGUGACACAGAUCAGGAGAAGGAGACAAAAUAUGAAAUUGUACAAUCGGCUGUUGAACACUUAGAAAAAUGUUACUGGACCAAGAAGAGGGACAUUCCUCAGAGGAAGAUAAGGAUUUACACCCAUUUUUUUCUGGGCAAUGGGAAUGGACUGGAUAAAUAUGUUCACAAGAAAAAGUUUGAAAGUGUCACAAAGGGCAUACCAAUAUCUGAGAAACGCAUGAAGUGGUUCAGGGGUGAAGCAUGGAAGAGGCCUGAGAUUGCAGAGAUGCUGAAAUGUGUUUCUGGAUGGACUGAAGAUGGAGUGGUGUACCUUGAGGGCCCUCAGAAAAGAAAGUUCAGUAUUGUGCCUCUUCAUAUGCGUUCUAUGCCUCAUGGUAAUGAAAACAUCACAUUCUACCUGGGGUUUACAUUUAGAGGUCCUGUUGCCUACAACAUUGUGGUGAAAAAAUAGUCUUUGAACAAUGAUCUGAGCACAUACGUACGUCAACUUGAUGAAACAAUGGACUAGUGCCAUUACCAAGAUCAAGAAUAAAUUAUGAAACUUAUGAAAAGAUGAAACUAAAAGUAUGGAAACACAUGGUAUGGUAUGAGUAUUGUAUUUUGUAACAUGUAACAUAGUUUGGCAUAUACAUUCUGCACUUUCCCGUUAUACUUGUAUAUAGGCAAAAAUACAAAUACUACUACUAAAUAUACAGCUUGUCAGAAAAAAAUAGCUAAUUUUUGUGUGUAUAUGAACACGUACUGAAAUUACUGACUCUGGGGACCCAGAGUGAUGACAGUGUAAACUGAAUUUGCUACUCUACGUCUCAGUGCUUUUCUAAAAGAAAAUCCUGAGUUAAAUUCAUAUCUAGUGACCUGUAUAUUAUAGAUUUAUACAUAUUUUUAAUAUAUUUUCUUCUUUAGGUUCAUGGAGAUUUUUUUUUUAACAAUAAAUGUAUUAAGAACUAAACAGCAAUAUUUUUUUCAUUUUUUACAGUUGGAGAUGUUAAUGUGCAUAAAUAUUGAUAUGCAACAGAAAAUUGUUUCUAGUACAGCAUUUAAUGUUUGUAAUGUUUAGAUUUUGAUCAUACUUUACACAGACUGAAAAUUUACAAAUCCUUAGGAUAAAACCACAAAGCCAGUCAGGCUACUGUGCAUCCAUGUACUUUUAUUAAUAUAAUUCUUUACAUUUUUAUUGUUUUGUAUACUUAUACUGAGUUAUAGCUAUGUAUUUAAUUAGCACUUGAUGUUUUAUUCAUUUAUUUAGAUUUUAACAUGUUUAAUGACUUGCUGAUGAUUGUAUUCAUUAUUACUUGUUCAUUCAUUAUUAAACUGAUGGCUACCAUGUUGUGAACUAAAGUAUCAGGGUCAUUGUAGGUAGUUUGCUGUCUUUCUAUCAUGAUUUGUAUGCUAUGCAUUUGUAUGGCCAUGUGUUUAUCUGUGGCGUGGGUGAAGAGCCCGAGACAAAUUUCCAAAGUGUGGAACAAUAAAGUUUAUCUUGAGCUUGA